CGUUGCUGCCUGCAAAUGCCACGUCGCCUUCUACUUGUUCCCUUUGACUGGAGUGAUCAGCAAAUAGAGACUGAACACCUCCCUCAACCUCUCUCCUCUGGGUGGGAGGUGGGCAGGUCGGUCCUGCCAUCUGAUCUAUGGCUAGUAGCGACCGUGUUUUACCCCUGCCCUGUACCCCUCCAGCUAGGGGCAGCCGUGAAGGUGGUUGAUGUUCAACACUGUCAACGAAUGGUCAUUUUAGCCAUGAUGGCCGACCAGCCACCACCAUUAGAAGCCACACCUAUAAUGAAUGAAGUGCCACUUCUACCUCAUAUGGUUAAUGGGGACAGCAUACAACAGGUUAUACUUGUGCAGGUAAACCCAGGAGAAACUUUCACAAUUAGAACUGAAGAUGGACAUAUCCAGUGUAUCCAAGGUCCGGCACAUGUUCCUAUGGUGUCACCAAAUGGUUCUGUGCCUCCAAUAUUUGUGCCUCCUGGUUAUGUAUCUCAGAUGGUAGAAGAAAAUGGAGUUCGUAAGGUGGUGAUAUUACCACAUUCGUCUGAAUUCCAUCCUUCCAUGCAUCCCCCUCCACCACAUGUGCCACAUUACAUGCAUCCUCACCCUGCUUUGCUUCCCCACCCACCUCAUCCAGUGUACUCUCCAGUUCCAGGGACAGGAGAAAUACCACCGCAGUUCAUUCACCAGCCUCCUCCACCAGCACAUGUUUAUCAAGAACAAGAAUCUCGUUCCCAUGGAAGGACAAAUUUUAUUCAGCGAGAUGAAAGGACUGUCAAAAUGCAAGAACAUCUGAAGAAAAGACUUAAGGAGAGACAAGCUAGUGGUCAUACUAAUAAUAAACUUAACAGCCCUCCUUCUUCACCGCAUAAAGUUCACAAUUCUUCCAGUACAAAUGUUCAGAAUGGAUAUGGAAAUGGAAAGGGACAGCAAGUAGCAUGCGGGGUAAUAAAGCAAAAACAAAUAGGAAAAACAAGAGCAAGCCCACCAGCAGAUUCAGAGAUGGGAGAGUCUGACACAGAAUCCAAAGAGUUGUACAAUCUCCACUUAAGCAUUGGUAAACCUGUAGUUUCUGAUAUACAAGCAAGAUCAGCAGUUCUGUCCUGGAAUCUCCCAGUUAGUUCACAGAAUGGAGAAAGUCAUAGUCUCACUCCAGCAACAUUUAUAUUUGAAGUAACAGUAUCCAACAGCGGUAAAAAUGGAAAAUUUAAAUCUGUCUAUAUAGGAGAAGAAACAACAAUUACUCUUCCUGAACUCAGACCAGCAACAGAUUACCAUAUCAGAGUUUCAGCAACAAGCAGUUCCAUAAAAGAAUCUGUUUCCGAAUUGGUGAGUUUUACUACAGAAAGCUGUGAACCAGACCCUCCAGCUGCACCUAAACUAAUCAACAGAACGAAAAACAGCUUGAGUUUACAUUGGAAGUCUUCAAAUGAUAAUGGUUCCAAAAUAACUAAUUUUCUCUUAGAAUGGGAUGAGGGAAAAAGUGGAGCCUUCAAAGAAUGCUACUAUGGGAAUCUAAAGCAAUACAAACUAACCAAACUUUCUCCUUCUACAAAAUACUUGCUCAGAUUAGCAGCUAAAAAUGACAUCGGAAUGAGUGGGUUUAGUGAGACAGUGAUAUAUUAUACAGCAGGAAUCGUCCCUUCACCACCAUUGCCCCCUGAGUUAACUGAAGCAGGAGUAACAUGGUUAUCAUUAAAAUGGAGCCCACCUAAUGGCAUGCCUUCAGAUGACUCUCUGACUUACACUUUAGAUAUGGAAGAAGAUGAUUCUGGUUAUGGUUUUCAGCCAAAAUAUAAUGGAGAAGAACUUUCAUGCACUUUACAAAAUCUAAGGAGGAGUACUCCUCAUAAGUUUAGGCUCUGUGCCUGUAACAAUGAAGGGAAAAGUAUCCCAAGUGAGGUAGUAGAAUACAGCACAAUUCCUGAUAAACCUGGACCACCAAGUAAACCAAGUGUAAAGGGAAAGAUCCAUUCACACAAUGUGAAAGUUACAUGGGAUCCACCAAAGGAUAAUGGAGGAUCAGACAUUUCUAAGUACUUCCUAGAAAUUUCAGAAACUUUAAUUGGAACUAAAUGGGAAGUAGUGUAUAGUGGUUCCGUGAGAGAACAUGUGUGUGAUCAUCUCAAGCCUGGUAUUUCAUACAAACUGAGAGUUUACUGUGUCAGUAAGGGAGGUGAAAGCCCGGCUUCUGAUGUUCUGACUGUACAAACAUCAGCUGUUCCUCCUGGACCUUGCCAUGCUCCAUGCCUGGUUAGCAAAGCUAAGCCCAGAGAAAUAACUCUACAAUGGGAUCCCCCUUCCACAGAUGGGGGCUCAGAAGUAAUAGAAUAUGUUGUAGAAAUGGCAAACUCUGAACAAGAUGAACACAGACAAGUGUAUCAGGGUCAGACGACAGAAUGCACAGUGAACAGUCUACUUCCUGGCAGAAUGUACUGCUUCUGGAUAAGAGCAGGAAAUAAAGCUGGGUUUGGCCCUCUCUCUGAAAAAGCAGAGAUUUCUACAGCUGCAGGACCUCCUGAUCAGUGUAGUACACCUUUGUUAACCUGUAAGGCUGCCACCUGUGUAGUGGUCACUUGGGAGAGUCCUGCAUGCAAUGGUGCUGAAAUUUGUGAAUAUAGGCUGGACUGGGGACAAAUGGAAGGAUCAAUGCGUAUCAUAUACACUGGCCCUUGUCUGAGCUAUGAAGUGAAAGGUCUUACGCCUGCAACCACAUAUUAUUGCAGAGUACAGGCUGUGAAUAUAGCUGGAGUUGGAUUGUUUGGAGGUAUUGGUGUGGUAACAACACCAGCGUCGGUGCCUGCAGCAGUGUCUGUACUACAUCUGCUUGAAGAAGAUCAGAUGGAAAUUCCUUGUCCCUUGUCAACGUGCCUCGCCAUUCAGUGGGAGGAACCAUGUUGCCAUGGGUCAGAUGUCAUUGGAUAUAAUAUAGAAUAUGGGGAAAAGCAACUUGUAACUGUUGGUAGAGUUACAAGCCAUAUUCUGGAGAAUCUGCACCCUGACACUUUGUACAGAAUUAGAAUACAGGCCAUAAACAACUUUGGAGUUGGUCCUUUCAAUCAUUCCAUUAAAGCCAAAACAAAACCACUACCUCCUGACCCGCCUCAUCUUGAAUGUGUGGUCUUCAGCUACCAGAGUCUUAAACUGAAAUGGGGUGAAGGUCCUGGUAGAGCUUUAAUUACCAAUCCUACACAGUUCAACUUGCAGAUGGAGGAUAGGUUUGGCAGAUUUGUUACUGUUUAUAGUGGACCUUGUCAUACGUACAAGGUGCAGCGACUCAGUGAAUCCACUACAUACUAUUUUAAAAUCCAGGCAUACAAUGAUGCUGGAGAAGGGGAGUUUUCUGAAGUUUAUGCUUUCACUACAACCAAAUCUCCACCAGCAUCUCUUAAAGCACCCAAAGUAAAUCAGGUGAGAGAAAACAUCUGUGAAAUCACAUGGGAGCCUCUACAGUCAAUGAAAGGAGAUUCCAUUGUUUACAUUCUUCAACUUGCCAGUGUGAGAGAGGUUGAUCAGGUAUACAAGGGAUCAGAGACUUCAUUCCGUUUCACAAACUUUCAGACAAACUGUGAAUAUCGGUUCAGAGUCUGUGCUGGACGCCAGUAUCAAGAUUCUACUGGAUUACAAGAACUGUAUGGACCUUAUAGUCCCAGUACAGUAUUCUCAUCUCAAAAACAAGAGUUGGUUCCCCAGUGUACUGAUUCUACAGCUAAAUUUGCAAAGAUUAAGAAGACAUUAAGUGAUGAGCAGUUUGCUUUUCUUCUUCUUGUGGGAUUUGCAAUGGUUGCUAUUUUGUUUGCUUUUGUUAUUCAGUACUUUGUAAUCAAGUAGAUUGUUUGAAGCCUAGUCAUUGUUCAGCUUUUUAUGACAGUUAUUCUGGGUAUUUAUGUUGGUUAAUUCUAAAUAACAUCCUAGCUGGAAAUGAUUGUAUAAGACAUACACACGUUUCCAUCUUUGCUGCUGACUGACGUUGAGGCUGGGUUGGCAGAACCUCUCCAAAUAAAGAACACACAACUGCCAUAGAAGGGGUAAUCCUGGGUCCUCUGUAAUCAGGGUUAGCUGUUAAUAAAACAGCAAAAAACUGCCUUACCACACUGUCUCUCACUAUCAAAGCAUAGGCCCUUUGGCCAGUUAGAGAAAAGGCGUUAUAUAAAGUCUUUUUGAAGUGCAACUAAGCAAGUGGUAGUGGAUCAGCAACUUUUAAUCAAGUAUUGUUAUAGUUUGGUAUACAUGAAAUACAGCAGCAAAAAUGCUUGAGCUUAGAACAGUACUGUACUGCAGAACAUUGCUAGAGCAAACCACAUUUAAUAUACUGUAGAAGGAAAACAAAAUAUGAUAUUGCUACUUUACAGUUAUUUUAAUGUUUGGGGUUCAAGAAUUAAUAUUUCAAGCGUUAAAGUAGAGGUGCCAGCAUUUUGAGAAUUGUAAUUAAAAAUGCUAGAGGGAUGUAAUGUACAUACAGAGUGACUGAAUGUAUUUGUAUGUAAUAUUGCAAAUUGGUCCUCUUUUGUACUUUAUGUUUCUGAAUGAAAUGCUGUCAGCAGUUGGUAAACAACUGUUGGCCCAAUCCACAUUUUCAUUCUCAGUGCCUGAGAGAACAGUAACUUCCUGUGCGUCUGAUUAAAUCUUUUCAGCAUUUUCAGAGAAGGCACAGAUUUUGUCUUUAAGGAGAAAGAGUGCAUUUAUGAUAAAUGUUUCACUAUUGGCUCAAACUGAGCAAAUGUUUUUGUACUAUUCUUAACCUAAAAAUAAAAAAGUUCAGACUGCUUUUGGAUGCUCUUCUAUCCUUAUCUGAAUUAUCAAACUAUACAUGAAAUAUUUUUAGGCAACAUUUAUACAAUGUUUUCAAUUAAUUGCUAUCACAGUGGUGGCAGUUCACAUUCCAUUGUGGCGGUGGUGAGAAUUUUCAGUUUGCUAUGAAACUUUUCCAAAACUUGUCAUGCGUGUCUUGACACUGUUUUGAGGAAUAUUUUUGGUGGUUACUAUGCACUACAUAUGACUGUUCCUUGUCAAACAUAUUCUUUAGGUAUCUGAAGAGAAGUCUGACAGCUAUUUUCUUUACGUCAACUGUUUUGCAAGCUGGAAGCCACAAAUUUAGACAUUUGUUUCAGAAUGGGUCGUCUUAAUAAUUUUGGCAUUAAAAGAACAUGCCAUAGAAUGUUACAGAUUUAACAUACUUUGCAAAUGCUACAGCUACAUUUCAUGUACAUCGGGGCAGUGCACUUGCAUGUGGGAUAGUACUGUUGGGUACAAGCUAAUUCUUUCAAAGAAUAAAACAUCUUAAGGAUGUUUCUCCUAUGGCUGUUAAUAAGUUAGUUUGAGGCAUUGUGUUGCAUUUCAAAUGUGGAAAUCCUAAAUUAUGACAUAGUAUCAGUUAAUAUUCUUAAAAGUAGGUCUAUGGUGCAAUCUGAAAUUAACCUUUUCAAAAAUGUACUCUUCAUUUUGUACUCUAUUUAUUUUGAUUAAAAAAUCCUGGAAAAUGUAUGUCUGAAUGUAUUGUUCUACUUGUAGCAGAACUUUAACUUAAUCAUUUAUAUCAUGGAAGUCUCUCUUCAGUGUUGGAAAGAGUUUUAUACAGAUAUUAGUGUCUUUAGUUUGCCGAAGUUUACAAAUAUGCCUUCAUUUCCUUUCAUAUUUUACUUUUAGAAAACAAUAGACUGCCUUCAGCAAAUUUCUUUUGCCAAGGGAUUUUUUUCUUUAACUCUUAGACAAACAGAGCAAAUCAUUUAGUGAUUUAUUUGGCAAUAGCAUUUCUGAUAUAUUUUUAAAAUAAUAAAGUAGGCUUUCAGAAUAAAUAUUAACCAAAAUCAUGAUUUCCUAGAAAAUUAAAAUAAAAUGCUUCUGAAUUGCCACAAAAUGUUCAUAUUUCCAGGAAAUAUACUGGAAAGUAUAGUGUAAUGUAGAUUUUAUAUUGACAGUUAUACAUUCCAGAUUGAUGUACCCUAGUGGCAUUAACAGAUUAGGUAUCUUCAUUUUUCUUGCAUUGUAAUUUUGAGAUAUUUCAAACUUAUGUUAAAGCUGCAUUGUAUUACUAAAUUGUAACUAUGAAAUAGAUAAUAUAUUUAAUACAGCCAAUAAAAAUACAAAUUUUCAAAUUUGA